AUGAUAUGGACAUCAGGCAAUCAUCCCUCCUUAAUGCCAACUAUAAUAAAUGUUGGAGCUAAGGGUAAACCAUUCAAUAAAUAUACGUUUGCUGAUGAUGUUUUAAAGAAAGUCACACCAGUGAACUGGUGGAAGCCACUUAAGCACUUGUAUUCAGAGACUGUUGAAGUAAUAAUCUCACUUUUAACAGCAGUAGCUUCUUCUGCCGGCGUAGAAAGAAUAUUUUCUUCCUUUGGGCUAAUUCGUUCCAAACUGAGAAAUCGUUUGGGACCUGAAAAAGCAGGAAAGCGUGUUUUUCUUUUCCAGAUUAUGAACAAACAGGAAAAUGAAGGAAUUACAUCAACAAUACUGGCUUCUCCAGAAUUAAAAAUAACUUCAAUGGUAAGGAUGAAGAAAUGUUUUUUUAAAGGAAGCUUGAGAUCUCUUCUUCCCCUUGCAGUCAGAAGUCUAAUUCGAUUCAACAAACUCAAUAUAAGUAAUACUUCUGGAAUGGCUAAGGGCUAUAAACAGGCAAAUGUUGUGAUUUUGCACAAAUCCCUUGCUGAUGACUUUGAAAAGUUUUGCCAUGCAAAUGAUGGACCUCUCCCGCUGCUGUACAGAAGUAAACCAGGUGAAUGGAAAUGUCCUUCUCUGAGCAGCAAUUCUGAUAUCAGAACUGAUUGCCUACAAUACAGGAUAUAUGAGUAUGGAGCUUGUACUGGCACUUCGACAAGUCUAAAGGAUUAUUUUGAUCAGCUUAAAGACAUGGUGACUUUUUACUUAGGCUGCAGCUUCUCAUUUGAAAAGGCAGCCCACAAGGUUGGUGUUCCUCUAAGGAACGUUGAGCAGAAAUGCAACGUAAGCAUGUACAAGACAGAUAUGCCUUGCUGCAGAGUUGCUAGUUUUUGCUGCAAUUUAGUGGUCACAAUGAGACCGAUUCCUGAAGACCAGUUAGAAGCAGUUGUGGAAGCUACUUAUCCAUUGAAAGACUCACAUGGAGCACCAGUUCACAUUGGUAACCCUGGCCUAUUAGGAAUCCAAAACCUUUCCAGCCCAGACUAUGGAGAUCCAGUUCAGCCUCACCCUCAGGAUGUUCCAGUGUUUUGGGCCUGUGGAGUAACUGGGGUGGAAGCAGUCAGCAACUGCAAGUCUCCGCUGGCUUUUACACAUUCUCCUGGGUGCAUGUUUAUUACUACCCUGAAGAAUGAAGAUGCUCCAGUUCAUAACUCUAAAGAAAUCCCCAUGGUCCACUGCAUUUCUCAAAAUCCUUUGCAUUAUAGCAUUGCAUCAGAAACAGCUGUGCGAAAGAUAAGAGAGCUAGAAAGUCUAAUUGGAAUAGAUCCAGGAGACCGGGGCGUGAAACAUUUGUGCUGCCAGGAUGAGCUGCUAAAGACUUGCCUCUCCCUUUCACAUGCCCGAUCAGUGCUGAUAACCACUGGAUUUCCUACUCACUUCAACCACGAGCCACCUGAAGAGAAUGAUGGACCUCCAGGAGCCAUUGCUAUGGCAGCCAUGUUGCAGAGCUUGGAGAAAGAUGUUGUUAUAGUAACAGACCAGAGAGCCAUGGGUUUGAAUAAAAAGAUAAUUGAGGAUGGUGUUCAGCAAGGGGUACUGAAGACACCAGUGCCUCUAUUGAGUUAUCAGGGAGAUGCUGCAGAGUCAGCUUUGAUGUUUCUGUGUGAGAAUGGGAAUCUUGAAAGACCCAGAUUUGAUCACCUGAUAGCAAUAGAACGUGCAGGGAUGGCUGCUGAUGGCAAUUAUUACAAUGCAAGGAAAGUCAAUAUUAAGCAUCUAGUGGAUCCCAUAGAUGAACUGUUUCUAGCUGCACAUAACAUCCCUGGAGUCACAACAACAGGCAUUGGGGAUGGAGGAAAUGAACUGGGAAUGGGAAAAGUAAAAGAAGCUGUAAGGAAACACAUAAAAAAUGGAGAUGUUAUAGCUUGUGACGUUGAAGCUGAUUUCGCUAUUGUAGCCGGGGUCUCUAACUGGGGAGGCUAUGCUGUUGCUUGUGCUCUGUAUAUCCUCAACACCUGUGAAAUACAUGAUCGCUAUCUGAGGAAAGCUAUUGGGUUCCCCAGAUUGUCCAAGAAGGCAAACUGGGCAUCAGCACUUCCAUCCAUUACUAAGGAAGAAAAGUUGCUGAAAACACUUAUACAGCAUGGAGUCCGUAGUGGAGUAACUGCCAGUCUCGAAAUGGAAGUGGAUGGACUGCCCUUCUACAACAUACACUCAGUUAUAAUUGAAAAACUGCUGGAGCAGAUACCGUGA